UAUCACAUGGAUAUAGAUGGGUCACUUGAGUAGUGUAUUAUUGGAAGCUGACAAAACCAUCUUGUUCAUAUAAGUCAAACGAGCAAAUGGUAAAGCUUGAUGAUUAGCCAAACAGGUCUCCAUGUUCGCAGCUCGCAUUUAAUUCCCAACUACUACUGAUUAUUUUCCACUACUUGGAUAUUCGUUGUAAGGACAUCUAUAUGUGUUCGAUCCAGAAAGCAUUCAAUUAUAGAUCCAAGCAACAUGUUGUUGGUAAUUCUAUGUGUUACAUUCCUACCUUUUGCUUUUGCAUCCAUUGACAUAACAUGUCUUCCAUCCGAAGAAGUGGAUGCAUUGAGGGAGAUUGGAAGAAAACUCGGUAAAUUAGAGUGGGAUUUUCGACAAGAUCCAUGCCAUGCUUGGGAGAUUUCUAGCGAUGGACCACGUGAAAACAAUGUCACUUGCAACCCGGAACCAAACAGCACGAUAUGCCACGUCGUUAGCAUAAGCCUGAAAGGACAAAACCUAACAGGCACUCUCCCACCAGAAUUCGUCAAUCUUCUUUACCUCCAAAAUCUAGACUUAACUCGCAAUUAUCUCAGUGGCACCAUUCCUCCACAAUGGGGCUCCAUGGAGCGAAUUCUAAACAUUUCUCUUCUCGCGAACCGCUUAAACGGAUCACUCCCGAAGGAAUUCGGAAACAUAAGCACGUUGAAAUCUUUAUCGGUAGAGGACAAUAGGAUGUCUGGAGCAAUUCCUGUUCAACUUGGGAGUCUUAGAAGCAUUGAGAGACUAUUACUGAGCUCCAACUUUUUCACUGGGGAAUUGCCUGCGUCAUUUGCAAAUCUGAUCAGUAUGAAGGAUUUUCGAAUUAGCAGUAACAACUUCUCUGGGAAGAUCCCGGACUUCAUUGGAGAAUGGAAAAAUCUCACAAGCUUAAGGAUUCAGGCCAGUGGAUUGGAAGGGCCAAUACCUCUUAACAUUACUCUCCUGACAACUUUAACAGACUUGAGGAUUAGCGACUUGAGAGGACCAGACACGCUUUGUCCACCCUUUGAAAAUACAUCUUUUAAGAACCUGAUCUUGAGGAGUUGCAAUCUAAUCGGCGAGAUACCGAAAUCUAUUGCUUCAUCCAAACUCUUAGACUUGAACUUUAACAAACUUAAUGGAUCCAUUCCUGAAAGGUUCAUUGAUCUACAGGACACAGACUAUAUCUAUCUUACUGGAAACUUGCUAUCCGGAACGGUGCCUAAUUGGAUGACCACUUCAGCAGAUAAUGUUGAUUUGUCAUACAACGUUUUUGAAAGCAACAGAGAUUUAAGGUGUCAGAUGCGGCAAACAAACUUGUUUGCUUCAUUUUCAACAGAUAAUAUCUCCAGCAGAAAGGUCUCAUGUUUGGGGGAUAGUUCUUGUCCAACAAACUGGACCUCCUUGUAUAUCAACUGUGGUGGAAGAAAACUAACAGAUGGAAAAAAGGAAUAUGAAAGUGACCUGCAAGAAGGGGGUGCUUCAGAUUUCUCUGCAGUAGAAAGUCGAUGGGGAUUUAGCAAUACCGGUAACUUCUUAGACGACAACAAUCAUGACAGUUAUAUUGUUUCUGGGGUCCCAACGAACACUUCUGAACUGUACAUGAAUGCACGAACAUCAGCCUUAUCUUUGACGUAUUAUGGUUUCUGUAUGCACGACGGAAGCUAUAAUGUAAGUCUUCACUUUGCUGAGAUCUUUUUCACUGAUGAUGAAACAUAUAGCAGCCUUGGGAGACGUGUAUUUGAUAUCUACAUCCAGGGUGUGCAGAUGGAGAAGGAUUUUGACAUCAGUGAUAGAGCGGGUGGGGCAAUGAAAGCAAUUGUGACAUCUUAUACCGUAAAUGUUACAGGUAGUUUGGAAAUCCGUCUCUAUUGGGCUAGAAAAGGGACAACCAAUAUCCCAUCGCGAGGAGUAUAUGGUCCUCUUAUCUCAGCUAUUUCUGUGGAUCCAAAUUACCACGUUCCACAAUCGGGGGGAAAUGGAAACGGUGUGUCUAGAGGUAUUGUGGCUGGGAUUGCGGGUGGAGCAGUUUGUGCCAUCAUUUUAAUUUUAGGAGUUUUAUGGUGGUGUGGUUAUUUACGUUGCAGAGACGCUAUGGAACUAGAUCUGCAUGGUUUAGAGCUGCAUGAUCUAGAGCUAAACACUGGUUCCUUUACUUUGAAGCAACUCAAAAUUGCAACAAACAAUUUCGAUGUUGCUAAUAAGAUUGGAGAAGGUGGUUUUGGCUCUGUUUACAAGGGAGUAUUACCAAAUGGCACCUUAAUGGCAGUGAAACAACUCUCUUCCAAAUCAAAGCAAGGAAAUAGAGAGUUCUUGAAUGAAUUAGGCAUGAUAUCCGCUUUGCAACACCCGCAUCUUGUGAAGCUAUAUGGAUGUUGUAUCGAAGGAAACCAAUUGUUGCUAGCGUAUGAAUACAUGGAAAAUAACAGUCUAGCCCGUGCUUUGUUUGGGCCUAAAGAAUGGCAGUUGGCACUUGAUUGGCCUACAAGAUACAGAAUUUGCAUUGAUAUAGCACGAGGUUUGGCUUUUCUACAUGAAGAAUCCAGAUUAAAGAUUGUUCAUAGAGAUAUCAAAGCCACUAACGUGCUCCUUGAUAAGGAUUUGAAUGCUAAAAUUUCUGAUUUCGGUUUGGCUAAGCUUGAUGAAGAGGACAACACCCAUAUAAGCACACGUGUCGCCGGAACUUAUGGAUAUAUGGCUCCAGAAUACGCAAUGCGUGGUUAUCUAACAGAUAAAGCAGACGUCUAUAGCUAUGGAAUUGUCCUCUUAGAGAUUGUGAGCGGGAUGGCUAACAUUGCUGACAGAGCAAAGGAGAAUCAUUUUGUUCUUCUUGAUCGGGCCAUUGCUUUGAAAGCCGAGGGUAACUUGGUCGAUCUUGUUGAUUCAAAGCUGGGUUCAGAAUAUGACAUCUCUGAGAUGAUGGUAGUUAUCAAUUUGGCUCUAAUGUGCACCGCAAUCUCCCCAGCCGAUAGACCAACAAUGUCAUCAGUGGUUAGCAUGCUAGAAGGACGAAUAGUUCCUGAAGCAUUUAUUGCUGAACAAAGUCACUCAAUGACUAAAAUGGAUCGUGACAAAUUGAUGAAGCUACUUGAGAUCAAGAAUGAGAACCAAACAGAAGAAAUGUCAUUCACGUACACUGAUUCUUCGACAUCUGCGGUCGAUCUCUACCCGGUCAAUGAUUUUAGUGAGUAUCUGCAGAAGAGAGACAGUGAUGCUAAGAAGCUGUUAUCUUAGACAGAGCAUAUGGUUGAUAGUCGAAUACCUUGGUUAUACGGAUAUACAAUACUUAUAUGUUUAUAAAGUUGUGAUCACUGUGACGUUUAUUUAUUGGUUGAUAUGGAGUAUUUUAUAUUUACUUAGUAAUUGGUGU